AUGGCCAAUGCUCGUACGAAGCAGCAAUUUCUCUACUGGAAGAAACACGCUCAGCUCCUAGGGCGCGACGUGACUGAAGUGGCUCCGGUUGUCGCUAAGCUGCCCCCCGACGCCGUCGCUCUUCCACAUCCGGCGGCAGUCCGUCAAACAAUUGAACCAGGCCCGGUGAAGUCGAUGGCUACGUCGGUGACCAAAAUGAACCUAGAGGUGAUGGGGCCCGGUGAUUUGAGAUCGGUCAUUUCGCACCAUAGUCGCGUAUCGACCGUGGUCAGCCCUCAAGGAGAGGAUCUGACCUGCCCCCCGGCACCGAGCCAUCUCUCUGGCCACAAGUACUUUCCAUGUCCUUACUGCGGUAUCAUAUGUCCAGAGAGAGACCUCUGUCGAGACGACUGGUCCAUGAAAACCUGA